AAAAUAUUUAGCCUAGCUUCUCCCGAUCAAGGUUCAAGAAUAGCUAGCUAGAGCCUGUAAGAACAAAGCCGCAGCAAAGAAACAAUGAGUUCCUCCUCCUCCACAGCUCUUCGAGAACUACAGCGCGACCUCGAAAACAAAGCUAACGAUCUCAGCAAGCUCCAAAAAGAUAUAGCUAAGAACCACCAAGUGAGGAAGAAGUACACUAUUCAAUUAGGAGAGAACGAGCUAGUCCUCAAGGAGUUGGAUUUAUUAAAUGAGGAUGCAAAUGUGUACAAGUUGAUCGGUCCAGUGCUUGUGAAACAAGAUUUAGCGGAGGCCAAUGCCAAUGUUCGCAAGAGAAUUGAGUACAUCUCUGCUGAAUUCAGGAAGCGACUUGAUGCAUCUCUUCAAGAUUUGGAAGAGAAACAAAACAGCAAGAGAGAAGCGAUAUUAAAGGUGCAGCAGAGGAUUCAAUCUCAUCAAGCUGGAAAAGCCAAGGCAUGACUCAUCUUCACAUGUUUGCAUGACCAGUUGACCUCUAUCAUUCUAGUGGGAUAUUAUUUAGUGCUGUGUACGUCUCCGUUGGAGCUUUGCUCCAGUUUUCUUGAACCUUGAUUGUAAAAGCUACAAUAUGUGUGUAGCCUCUUAACCAUGAUCACAAAUCGUCACGACAGUAUGUUAAGUUAUUCAAAAGCCUGUUCUUUUGUUCUGCCCGCUUCAGUGAGACUUACAGGAAAACCAAUUAUGAAUAGUCACUUGAAUAUGUAGCUUGAUGGCUUUUGAAGCUUUAUGAUUAA